CACGUGUCGGCAAACCGGGCUACGGGGCGUCGAUGCGAUGCUUCGCAGGCUGUGCAGCUCUUGCAGAGCGAUGGUUUCAUUGCUUUCGUGCAACGCGGGCAACGCCUUGCGAAGGAACGUCGCGGCCCACUGCACUCAAAAAGGAGCCUCCUGCAGAUGUGCCUAGGCCUUCAAAAAAUGAUGGAGAAGUUUUGUCAAAACGACAGCAGAAAAAACAGGUGCUGCGGGAUGCUCGGUCCGAGCGCAAGGGUAUGAAGAAGGCGCAGAAGCAGGUGGAGUCGUUGAACGCUGCUUUAAAGUCUCUGACAGAUCUGUUGGAAAGACAUCUGCACGAAGCGGGAGCUCCCUCGCUAAACCACUGCCUACGAGGGGUCUUUGGUGAUGCGACGGGGUACCACUCAUUGAAGUUGUCGCAUGGUCCAUGUCCCGACAGGGGCUUGCCGAUGUUGGGGUCAUCACUGAUCCGCCCGGUGAAGUACAAUGCAAAGUUCCUUCCGCAGGAGUAUUCCUUGCUCCACAAGAUCUGGGCCAUGUUGGGAGGCGAGGUCCAAAACGCUGGCGUCUUGGACAUCGGUGCGGGCAACGCCAACUGCGCUAUGUUGGCAGCGGGGCUCAUGAAGCUCACGGUCAUUUGCGUCGAGCGCGAAUCUCCCCGUGUGGAGCUUCGUGCAGAGGAGCUCCUGCCGACGUCGAGUCCGAGCUCGGGACGAGUGAUUCGAGUGGAGUCCGACAUUGCUGACUUUGAUCUCGCAUCACUCACAGAGGUUGCUGAAAUGUAUGGCUUGACCAAGUUCGUCUUAGUGGCGAAACACCCCUGUGGAAUCGGAGUGGAUCGAUCGAUUGACUGCGCCGUGAAGCUACAUGAGAGUGCAGGAGAAAGACCUGGACAUCCUGAGUUAUGUGGUGUGGUCUUGGCUACCUGUUGCAGCAACAAGCUGAGCUUGGACGACUUUCGAGAGUCGCGCGCGCAGGAAUUCUGCCAGUUGAACCAACAGGACUUGGUGAGCGGUUCUUCGUCCGACUUGGUCAGAGCGGUGGAAGUUAUGAGCAAAUGCAGUGCUUGGCGCAGUGCAUCACAAUCCUUGGGCAAUGCUAUCAGUGAGGACCAGUUCUCCUGGGCCGAGAUCUUCGAAGAUCAUCUGCAAACUCCGCGUCUUUCCAAACUCCGUCGCUGCUUCGGGGCGGCGGCCGAGGUGCGCUUCGCGCCGCGAGAGUGUACCUUGCAAGAUCGUUGUUUGCUGGCGAUGAAACCACCCUUUCCAAGGAAUUUGAUGGCACACCACGAUGACGACCCCAGGUUUUUUGCAGCCUUAGAGCAAGGAGUCCAAGAAUUGCUUUCAGCAGCUGGAGGGCCCAUUGACUGUCGACCCAAGGGCUUGAAGUCAACGAAGUAUGACUUUGACUACUCCGAGGAUUAAGACCUAGACGCUCUCUCGGCGGAAGCCGUACGCCCUAGCCUCCAGCUGCAGGGCAAGACGUUGCAGCGAAAACGGCCACGGAGCGAAUCUCUGCAAAGGGGCCACGCGCGAAGAGAUGUGCAGUUUUCCUUUGCUCAUCGCAGGAAGCGUUUCAAAGCCAACGCAGGUCAGAUUUCCCCAGGUACCAGCCGUACAGCAAUUCUGUCUCCAGUAAGAUCAGUAAGGACUCCAGACCUCAAUGGUCUCUGUGAUAGCUGCAUCGAUUGGGUAAAA